UAUAAUAACCUCUACUCUUCUGGGAAGGUUUUCCACUAGAUCUUGGAGCAUGGUUGUAGGGAUUUGUGCUCAUUCUGCCACAAGAGCGUUAAUGACGUAAAGGGUGAGGAGACCUGGUGUGCAGUCAGAGUUCCAGUUCAUCCCGAAGGUGUUCAGUGGGGUUGAGGUCAGUGCUCUGAGCAGGACACUCAGGUUCUUCCAGACCGAUCUUGGCAAACCAUGUCUUCUUGGCGCUCGCUUUGUGCACAGGGGCAUUGUAAUGCUGGAACAGGUUUGGGCCCUUUAGUUCAAGUAAAGGGAAAUCUUAAUGCUACAGUAUGCAAAGACACUAUACAAUUGUGUGCUUCCAAGUUUAGGGAAGGCCCACAUUUGGGUGUGAUGGUCAGGUGUCCACGAACCUUUGGCCAUAUAUUGUGUGUAUAUAUACACCUUCUACACAUGGUUUAGAGUUGACAUAUGGUUUAGAGUCUUUUAUUUUGACAGGUAUUUCCUGCAUGUAACAUGUAACGCAAAGCCAACGACAAGCUCUGGUCUGCUGACCAAUCCAAACAAAAAGUUAUUCAAUUACUUAAUAAUAUAAUCCACAAUAAUUUUAAAAAUCAUGAAAAACUGACAGUGUUGCUGCAUUUGACUCAAUCAUGGAGACUUUUUCCUUAUGAGGUUUGGUAUAGGUUUAGCUACACUCAUCACAGCGCAUUACUGCCACCUGGUGGCCACAAAAAGUACAGCGUUUACUUCAUACUGGAGUGGAAUGGUGUAGUUCAGUAUGACAGAUCAGAAAUACUGUGAAUAAACUCAACAUUAGAAGUGAAUAGACAGAAUUAUCACGGUAAAAGAGGUUAUAAGGUAGUGGUGGCUAAUGAUUGGAAGACUGAGGUUUCAGAUCUCUGAACUAGCAAGCUAUGCAAAGACAACCAAUUUGUUGGACUGUACAUAGCAUGUAUGUAUGCGUAAUGACCAUAACAACUGUCUUUCUUUCUAUACUGGGUAUAUUUGUGUAUGAGCUGGACUACACCACUGGACUGUGCCAUAUUUGAUCAUACCUAAUUCUUAAAAAAAAAAAAGUCUGGAAGAAUAUGCAAGAGUGUGAUUACUGUGUGUGCAUGAAAGUGUGUGCGAGAAACAAAGAGAGAGGAAAAUUCAGAGAGGACGAGGAAGCUAGCCAGUGACUCGAACUACUAUGCUUUUAAUAUUCAUCGUCUUCAUCUUGAGUGACUGCCUUAUCAUGGUCAGGGUCAUGGUGAAUAAUUUCAUAAUUCAUAAUUUCUGUACUAAGCAACCGUGGCACUGAUUUAUCAUGUUGUACCUAUGUUUAUAACUUGACCAACUGUAAUUUGUGGAAUGUAAAAGAAUGGCAUUUGACAGAAAACCUGUAUGGGUGGUUUCGGGAGCCACGCGAGGUAGUAACAGUCAUGAACUAAAAAGCUGGUACAGUAAACACUGCUAGAGGCAGCGAAAUGGGAGGAGAUAAACCCAUGGAGUCUUGACAGAAAGUUCCUUAAGCAGUAAAGAAGGAAACUGGAAACAGGAAAAAGAGAGGUAAAGCAGUAAAGCAGGACACCACAGAAACAACAGAAGCGAUGACUGAAGAAAGACAGGCAUCCAACAGCAGCAUCUCUAUGCUUCACUCUAUGCUGAACCGACUGAAGUCUUCUGAGAGGAUCCAAAGUUCUUCUCAUGCCACAGCUCAACACUGUAGACACUCAAAGGACAAACACCAGUGUGACAGAGUAUUUAUCCCAGAGUCAGACAAACCGGAGUGGAAUUUUGCAGGGUCAAAUCCUUCAGAACACUCAGUCAAGCCCGAGGAACAGAAUGAUGCUGAUGUAGAUUCAGAAUAUUUCACACAGAGGACUGUUUUUCAAGAGUCUAGUCCUACUUCAAUCACAUUUCUCAAAAGCACAACACCGUCUAAUUUGUUGCACAGCUUGACAAGAGACGCCAGUCAAGACUUACAGCCCAGUGAGAGUAAUCCCUCCCAGGAAGAAGUGAAAGAGGAGCAGACAUCACAAGCUGAGUCCCAUUUCAACAUUCUGAAGAAAAGUCCUCCUCAUGGACCAUUUACCCAUGACCCAACAGGAUCCUCCCUGGCAAACUCAGAACCCAGGUUUGUCAAAGGAACAACUGUGCCAAUGGAGUAUAAAAUAAUGAAGCAACCUUGCAGGAGUGAGAAUACAGUUACGUCUGUGGAGGAAGCAGAGCCUCCACCCCUCCCUCCUAAACUGCGGCAUCUCAACAAUGUGCAUGGCCAAUUACAAAGGACUUUUACUCUAAAAGAUUUCAAGCUGGACCUCGAGCCCAUCAACUUGCUGGAAGAGAUUUGUACAGGAGAAGAAUGGGCAAAAUUCCUGCCUGUUAAAGAUUCCCCACCCCAAACAGAUGCCAAAGACUACUCGCAGACAGAGGAUUCUCAUCAUUCAAAUGAUGAUAUCGGAUCUCAGAAUGCAGUCAUAAAGCCGGGCCUAUCAGCAGACAAAGAGCAGUCAGAGAUAGGUUCUAGUCCAGCCAGUAUUACUGAUAGUCAGGAGGACAGGGUAAUCCAGGUCAGACAAGGAACAUCUGAUUCACCCAUUUCUGCUUUUCCCAAAACACCAAUAAGAAAUGUUACAGUAACACAAAGGACAUCUGACAUGCCAGAAUAUGAACGAUUUAAAGCGGAAGAAAAUGACCUUGUGGUAAUGUAUCUGCAUGAUGAAAAUGACCUGACAAAGGUCAAGAACAUGCCACUUGAUUUGUCUGUUGUCAAGUCAUCAGGAGUACUAGAUAAUUCUGCACUAAAGAGUCGAAUUCAACUGAGCAAAAAAAGAAAACAUCAACCAACAGAAAAAAGAAAAAAAGGAAAAACCCAAAUGGACUUUCUUCACCAACGCAGUGCCUCCACAGAGUCCUUUCAGUCUCCCCCUUCUUCACAUACUUCUGUCUUUGCCUCCUCUAAAUUUUAUAUUUUACCCUGUUCAAAAUUCAAAGACUCCCAAACACAUGAAGAUUCCCAAAUAUCUGUACUUGGUAAUGAGAAGGCACUAGUGAGAAAUGCUGCAGUACUGCAAAGGAUAUCAGAAGUGCCAGAAGCCUACAGCAAUGAUAAUGACAUUGCAGAAGUUUCUGUGCUUUAUAAAAAUAAGCAGCUAUCAUACAAGAUGAGGGAUAUGCCCCUUGAUUUCUCUGUUGUCAAGUCAUCAGGAGUGCUAGACAAUUCUGCUCUGAAGGAUCGAAUCCAGUUGAGCAAAAAAAGAAAACAUCGACCACCAGGGAAAAGAAAAAAUGAGUCCUUUCAGUCUGACCAUUCUUCACAUCCUUCUAUCUUCACCUCCUCUGCAUUCCAUAAUUUACUGAGGUCCUGUGAUUCCAACGAUUCCCAAACAUCUGUUCCUGAGAAGCAAAAGACAAAAGAAAGAUUAUUGAAACCAAAGCUAUGGAAGAUGAAGUCCUAAUUCAUUUCUGGAGAAUGUAACAGGAACCAGGGUUACGCUGGUCCCCAGUAUGCAUGUGACCUGGAAAGGAACUGAAACCUACAGCCAUAUAAAUAUAAAUACUGUAUAUACCUUUUUUUUUUAAAGCUGCUUAUUUAUAAGCUGAAUUAGUGAAAUACAUUAGCCAUUUAGAAUGAAAUGUACAGUGUUCUCAAAUGUAGUUGUUCAGCUAAGACAUACACUGAUCAGCCAUAACAUUAUGACCACUGACAGGUGAAGUGAAUAAUAUUGAUUAUCUCAUUACAAUAGCACCUGUCAAGGGUUGAGAUAUAUUAGGCAGCAAGUGACCGGUCGGUUCUCGAAGUUGAUGUGUUGGAAACAGGAAAAAUGGGCAAGCAUAAGGAUUAGAGAGACUUUGAUAACGGCCAAAUUGUGAUGGCUAGAUGACUGAGUCAGAGCAUCUUUAAAAUGACAGGUCUUGUGGGGUGUUCCCGGUAUUGGUUAGUACCUACCAAAAGUGGUCCAAGGAAGGACAACCGGUAAGUUAUGCUUACAGUAUAGCUACCCACUUAGCUGCAUGCAUCAAUCAACACACACUUGCCUUAAAGGACAUUAUUUGGCUAAGUAAGGCAUUUGAACAUAAACAGUUGCCAAAAAUCGCAUAAUAAGUAAAAAAAUGUAUAUACAAAUCAAAUUGGAGGCAUUUUCUUUAUCAGAAUUACUACUAAUAUUUAAUUCUGCCUUCAACCUCUGGGCCACAGCUCCUACAUGACUCCCUAACCCUACAUAACCAGCUCCUACAUAACCCUCUUAAAACAGUUUUAAGAGUUAAUUUCAGUUUUAUUUGUAUAGCGCCUUUAAUGACAGACAUUGUCACAUUGUCACAAAGCAGCUUUGCAGAAAUCCAGAUGUACAGAUUUAGAUCCCUAAUGAGCAAAAUAGAGGCGACAGAGACAAGGAAAAAUUCCUGAGACUUCAUGAGGAACCAGACUCAAAAAAAGAACCCAGUCGUUUUUAGGUAACAGUGGGUAGUGAGAUUAUAAUCAUCACAGUAUACAGUUGUAGAAGAGUUGUUAUGUACACGUCUCCAUUUUUAUUCAUUACAGUGUAUCAUACGGUGUCAGUAACCACAAAAAUUGGAGCUGAUUUCAAGAAAGUAUGUAAUUAUUUAGGCAUGCACGUUGCACAACCCUAAACUAUCACUAGUAUGUCUUGGUGAUCAACUACAUUUGUGGUAAAGAGGAGAUACUGUAAACUCCUUUAUAUGCUCCGUAAUAUCAGAUUACUGCAAUGGUAUGUAAACACACACACACACAUAUAUAUAUAUAUGUUUGUGUGUGUGUGUGUGUGUGUGUGUGUGUGUGAUAUAUAUAUAUAUAUAUCGCCCAACAAACAAAGGGGAUUUAUUUUAUAUAAAGACCAUUAGCUCUAUUUCAUGGUACACCUGAUCAUUUUUGAUCAUAUUUCAUAAAAUUUCAAUGCAUUGACUGGAGAAGGAUGUCUUUUUGUUAACACUUUGUUCAUUGGAUUUGUUCAAAGAUUAUAAAUAAAUAAAUACAUAAAUAAAUCAUUUGCUGGACAUGUACCCACACAUUCUUAUGUACAGUGCAACAUUUUCCAUCCCACUCACUGCAGAAAUUCCAUCUCUUACU